AACGUGUUGUAACGGGACGCACGGGGAAGCGCACGCACAGUCACGCUUAUAGAAAAUUAAACAGUCCUGCCGAGCGUGUCAUCAUAAGCAGCUUUAUUCCCGCUUUCCGCAGGACAUGGACGAGCGGCACUCACCGUAGGCACCAGCGGCACUGAGGAGAAUGGGCACAGUGUCCGCGCGCUGGAGAUGUCUCUGGGCCGGCUCCUACGACGCGCCUCCUCAAAGGCCUCUGACCUCCUGACCUUCAACUCCGGGUCGGCCGGCUCCAGGGGCCUGCUGGAUGGCGAGAUCAUAUUCUCCAAGAACAACGUGUGCGUGCACCCCGCCGAGCCGCUGCCCGGCUUGCCCGAGCACCACCCAGGGUACCUAUGUGUACACAUGGAGAAGGACGAGGAGCUGGGGACCACGCUCAUCCUUACCUGGGUGCCUAACUCCCGCAUCCAGCGGCAAGAUGAGGAGGCGAUGCGCUACAUCACCCCCGAGAGCUCCCCCGUACGCAGGAACCCCCGGCGGCGCCCACGCCGAGCCCAGUCGCGACCCCCGCCGACCUCGGGGGAGGAGGACGACGACGAGGCGGCGGAGGAGGCGCAGCCCUCGGAGGGGCAAGGCACGGAAGCGCAGCCGCUGGAGGAGGGGGACGAGGGCUCCUGCGACCUGUCUGCGGACGAGGUGAGCCGCGACAGCACCCUGGGGUCCGAUUCGGACACCUUCUCCUCGCCCUUCUGCCUGUCGCCCAUCAGCGAAGCCCUCGGGGAGAGCAGCAGCUCCGUCUUCCUGGACAACGAGAACAGGGAGAUGUGCGAUGACUCCAUGACCCACUCCGCUAGCUCCGCCUCUAGCCUUGACAGCCACGCCCCCUCCGAGAACAGCCAAUCGCAGGGAGCGCGGUGGGAGGAGCAACAGAAGGUCCUGGCUCUAGAGCAGCUGUGCGGAGUGUUCCGGGUGGACCUGGGCCAUAUGAGAUCGCUACGUCUCUUUUUCAGCGACGAGGCCUGCACCAGCGGUCAGCUGGUCAUCGCCAGCCGCGAGAGCCAGUACAAGAUCCUGCACUUCCACCACGCCGGCCUGGACAAGCUGGCAGAAGUCUUCCAGCAGUGGAAGUGCUGUCGCGAGACGCAGAUCAAGGACCAGGUGUCGGACGAGAAGUCGUGCAUGCAGUUCUCCAUCCGGCGGCCCACCCUGCCGUCCUCGGAGACCCACCCCGAGGAACGGCUGUAUCGGCGGCUGGACGUGGCCACGUGGUUGAGGCACCUGAACCACUGCGGGCAGGUGGAGGAGGAGUACAAGCUGCGCAAGGCCAUCUUCUUCGGAGGGAUCGACCCAGCCAUCCGGGGGGAGGCGUGGCCCUUCCUGCUCCACUACUACAGCUACGACUCCACGUCUGAGGAGCGCGAGGCCUGGAGGCUGCAGAAGCGCGCCGAGUACCAGGAGAUCCAGCAGAGGAGGCUUUCCAUGAGCCCGGAGGAGCACAGCGAGUUCUGGAGGAAGGUCCAGUUCACGGUGGACAAGGACGUGGUGCGCACCGACCGCAGCAACCACUUCUUCAGGGGCGAGAACAACCCCAACGUGGAGAGCAUGAGGCGCAUCCUGCUCAACUAUGCAGUGUUCAAUCCCGAGAUGGGCUACUGUCAGGGCAUGUCGGACCUGGUGGCUCCGCUGCUGACCGAGGUGCAGGACGAGAGCGAUACCUUCUGGUGCUUCGUGGGCCUCAUGGAGAACACGAUCUUCAUCAGCUCGCCCCGCGACGAGGACAUGGAGCGGCAGCUGAUGUACCUGCGUGAGCUGCUGCGCCUCAUGCUGCCGCGCUUUCACCAGCACCUGACCCAUCUGGGUGAGGACGGCCUGCAGCUGCUGUUCUGCCACCGAUGGAUGCUGCUCUGCUUCAAGAGGGAGUUCCCCGAUGCCGAGGCCCUGCGCAUGUGGGAGGCCUGCUGGGCGCACUACCAGACGGACUACUUCCACCUGUUCCUGUGCGUGGCCAUCAUCGUGCUCUACGGCGACGACGUCACCGAGCAGCAGCUGGCCACCGACCAGAUGCUCCUGCACUUCAGCAACCUGUCGAUGCAUAUGAACGGGGAGCUCGUGCUGCGCAAGGCCCGGAGUUUGCUGUACCAGUUCCGCCUCCUUCCCAGAAUACCUUGCAGUCUGCACGACCUCUGCAAGCUGUGCGGCCCGGGCAUGUGGGACAGCCGCUACAUCCCGGCGGUGGAGUGCUCCGGCGAGCACCCGGACUCUCAGAGCUGCCCCUACGGAGGCACGGCGGUACCCCUGCCCCCUCCGCCGCCCUCGCCUCGACCGAUCCCGACCCCCGAGGGCAAGAGAGGCUCCAAGACCAGGGACAUAUUCACGUUCCGCAAGCAGUCGUGAGCACCUGUCAGUGGAUGGCAUAUGAGAAGGAACUAGAAAGAGCUACACCGUGGUGCUUCCCCGACACCUCUCCUUUUGUUCCACUUCCUCCUUCGCCGCCUACUCCUUGCUCAUGUUACAGCCCACGUGAUCGCAGGCAUUUUGUUCUCUGUUGCGCUGACCUUGGUGGCGUUACCUUCCGCGCUGAAGCUCAGUUGUUUCGGGAACUCGCCGAACGCAUCGGGCCCACGGCGUCGCUCUGGCUCAGAGCCCCCCGCGCCCCUGGAAAGGGCUGCGGGACACCGCUGCGUGUUGGCAUGAGGAACACCAGACAAUCUUCACUUUCUUUUUCUCGUUCUUGUUUUCGGUCUUUCUUUCAGCAGGGUUCUGUAUGUCGCUGAGGGGCGACUUCCUCGGCGCCGCUGCCUUGGCAGCUGGGUAUUUCCACAAAUGGUCUUAUGCAAUUAGUCGAGACCCCAUACGCACAGCCGCGCCGUUAACUUCCGAAGACCUUAUCAAUCGAAACAUUUUCUUUCUUGUAUUUUCCUAAGUGGAAGAACGAUCUAUUCUAUCCUUCCAGUAGAGCAGAGCAGUGAUUAUUUUGCUUGUUACAGUAGAACCGCUCACAUGACGCCAGGUAACUUGUUCGGCAACAAAAGCUUGGAACAGGAUGGAAAGUGCCCCAAAACAAGGCUUGUUUUUCUUGUUAAGUUGCUCCUUAUCAGAUGUAAAAUUCUCAAGCUGCGUGUCUUAUCCGUCUGCUGAAGAGUCCACAUCUUUCCUUAUAUUCUCUCUAGAAAUGGGUGUUCUUGCUAAAUCAUGACCAUGAACAGGAAAUGCUUUUU